GCCGAAUAUAUUUGGUAAGCGAGCGGACUGGGUUUGACAGUGCCCCCAAUCCUCGAGAUCAGAUACUAUUAGACUUUGGGACGGGUGGCAGAUUAUUGAACCAACAGCGCAUUCGAUGAUUUCUCGGCUAUUAUAAUUCUCACUAGAACGCUUCACCCAGUAUUCUGGGCGUGUGCUUAGACCAAACCAAAUCCGUCGGUUUGAGGAACAUCCCCUAGCAUUGAGGCCCACAGGCCUCUACACGGCAGGCCUCAGCAAAAAUGGUCCACGUUGACGUCGUCCUCGUCCUGACGACGGUGGUUUUUGCCAUACUGGUGAUCAUAGCGUCGAUCUACUUCUUGGUAUACUUUCAACAUCCGGACGACAAAUGGGUGGCCUGGUUCCCAAAAGUCAUAGUGGUCCUCGGACUGUCAAUAGCAUGUUAUAAUAUCUUCCUGUUACCACUGGACGUCGCGAAUCAAAAGGGACAAUUAGACGCACCAGGGAAAAUACCGAUGACGCAAAUAAGUAUAGCAUUCUACAUCGUCACCGUUAUAUGGUGUCUUGUCAUCGUACCGUUCACGGUGUUCUUCUACGAGGGAUCUGACGAGGAUGAUGGGGAUCAGAAAUCCACGCCAUCCGCCUUCGGAUACGCACUCAAAUGGCUCGUACCAAUUCUUGUCUUUUCUGCUGGAGUUAUCGCAGCUCUUUACUGGUUUUCGGGAUACGCGGACGUAAAAGCGACGAGAUUGACUGGGGUGCUGACUCCCGGGUCCGACAUGAGCUUUGCGGCUUCAGUCGCGUAUUGUGGGAGAACCACGAAUGUGGCGCUGACGGGCUUUACUCAGUGUUAUCGCCAACCAGGCACAAUCCACGCCAGCGUCUCAGUCCUAGUCUACAUCGUCGCCAUCGUCUCCUUCGUCGGCUGGGUGCUCUUCUCCAUCUUCGGCGGCGUCGGGCUCGUCGCCCUGCCCCACGACUGGGUCUCCCAGUUCCUGCACCGCCCAAAACCCAUCACAGCGAACGAGUACAAAGAGACAAAAAAGGAAAUCGGCCGAAACUCCGUACUGCUCAUGGAGGCUGGGAAAACGCUAAAUGAGGAGUUGAGGGCGGCAAAUCGGAGUGGGUUGAGUGGGCGGAGCUGGAGGAGGCUGAAGAAUAGGGAGAAUGAGUUCAGGAAGGAUGUUAUUAUUUUGGAGCUGCAUUAUCGGACGUUAGAAGAUUGUUAUAGGAACCAGGGGGGGAAUUUCUUGCUCCAGCUGGGACUGUUCAUUGCGGGGAUCAUCGGCUCUAUCCUCUCCCUCGUCUGGUUCAUCCACAUCAUCCUCUAUCUAAUCCCCUGGGCACUCCACCAAAACCCGUACCACCCCUUCCUCAACAACUUCCUAAACGCCGUCAACGACGUUCCCUUUGUCGGAACGGUGUUUUACGCCCUAUUCUCGUUCUACCUUCUUGCGUGCGUGCUGAAGGGCGUGGCGACGUUGGGGAUGAAGGUGUUCUUUUUGCCGAUUCACCCUCUGAGGGUGGGCGAGUCGUUGAUGAACUCUAUCGUCUUCAACACGGGAGUGGUGCUCAUUUGCUCUAUGUCGGUGGCACAAUUCUGCACGUUGGCGUUCGCAAAGUUUGCGCGAUAUACUUCCAAUCAAUCAAUAUUCGGCGUCCAAAUGCAAAACCUCCGCGGAAUCCAAUACGGUUACGAUGCCUUCAUCUUCAUCCUCCUCGGCUUCGCUUUCCUGACCGGUUGCUACACACUAUAUCGGCCACGACACAAGCGACGAGAAAAUCGGCUGAGUUUCCAGGUUUGAUGUCCACGUCCAUGUCCAUGGGUGGAUCCCAUUGGCUGAGGUCGUCGUGGUUGACCCCGGGACUGCGUACGCUGGACGGCUAGCUUUCGUCCUGUUCGGGGUAUGUUUUAUCCUUUGUAUACUUUGCCUUUGGGGCAGAAUCGUCACAUAGAUUUUUUUCCAACGUCAAUCA